CUCUCCUCCAGAGAAUUACAUUCAAUUAAACAGAAUUUAGUUCAGCUCAGUUCGAUUAAGAGAGAUUUACUUUAACAGUUUCCAUGUGGGAUCUGAGAAAGUGUCUCCUAUAGAAUCAGAAGCUUGUCCCCCCUCCACUCUCUCUCCCUCGCUCCCUCUCUCGUUCUCACUCUUUCGCUGAGACUUCACCCACCAGCCGAGGAUUUUGACGCGCCACAGACAAACUAAUAAACCCAUGGAGCGUGUGAAUGACAAGAAAACUCAGUGUUUCCAGAGCACCUGACCGUUCAGAGUGGAUGAAGAACAUUUUUCUUCCUCCAUACGUCUGUCCUCGGGUAACCCCUCCGUGAGAUAUUUCGGCUGCAUGAGGAGCCGGGCUUGACAGAUGCGCCCCGUUCCGUCGCUGAUUCCACCGGGAGGAGGUCUGAGCGCACGGCGAAGUGAAGAAGACGAUACUCUCCUAGAAAUGUUCGUGUUUUUUUUUAAGUCUGCGGGGAAUUAACUGUUGAAAUUGGUUUUGAAAACACGCACGCCUUGGCUUUUUAUCUUUUCUUUUUUUCCCUUUUUUUGGGGGGGGGGGGGGAGGUACGGCGUCUGGGAAUAUCAAGUUGAGCUCUGGAAUCGCGGUCGGAGUCAUCUGAGAAGAUGUGAAAUGUAUUUUUUGUGGGAACUAGGAGGAGGAAAAGGCACAAGAUGGGUACGUUGUCAAAGAAUGCUGCCUCUGACUAUUUCUCCUCCUGCUUCGUAGGAUUUUUUGCAGUGUGCUCAGUCAACGUGACCAUGGUGAAAAAAAGUGUUCCCAAAUUCCUUUGCGCAUUCGGCUUAAAGUGGAACUCCAAAUAUUGAUUAUUUUGGACAUUUAUUGCCGAUAAAUUGUCUCUUAGGAGCCUCGAUGUAAAAGUUGGCUGGUUUUAAAAACCAACCAUGAGAAUUUCUGUUUGAUUUUCUUCCUGGCUUUCUGGAAAUGUGAGUCCAGCGGAGACCAGUGCGCACCACACACAGUCGCCAAGGCUUCAACGCAAAGCCCAGUCUUCCGUCGGGGAUCCUGGCUUUGCGCCGCAGCACCGCAGCGCAGCGACGCUUUUUCUCGCCGAAAUGCCUCCGUGUGCACCGAUUCCGUAAAUGGCAAGUGGAUACUGAUUCUCCAUGGUGUUCGCCGGCCAAGUGGAUCCGAGAAGGCGAAACCGCGGCUGUUUUGUUCAGUGAAUCCUGGACACACCUUUUUUAAUGUCAGUCAAGAUCUCAGCUGGGUCGCCAUGACAAGCGAGGAGUGUCCUGUGCCGCUGGGGAGCAUCUCCUCCGCAGGGCCAGGGCAGAGCGAGGACUACAGCUCGGCGCAGGCUGAUGACAUCAUCGAGGAAAUGGGUCCAGGUGAUGAUGUCAGCAUCGGAAGCGACCUAAGCACUCUGGUGGUGCCCUUCCCGGAGCUGGCGCCUGUGGUCUUCUUCUGCCUCAAGCAGACCACCUGUCCUCGCAACUGGUGCAUCCGGAUGGUCUCCAGCCCGUGGUUCGAGAGGAUUAGCAUCAUGGUGAUCCUGCUCAACUGUGUGACUCUGGGCAUGUACCAGCCCUGUGAGAACAUCGACUGCACCUCGGACCGCUGCCAGAUCCUGCAGGCCUUCGAUGCGUUCAUCUACAUCUUCUUCGCGUUGGAGAUGGUAGUAAAGAUGGUGGCUCUGGGCAUCUUCGGCCGUCGCUGUUACCUGGGAGACACCUGGAACAGACUGGACUUCUUCAUUGUCAUGGCCGGGAUGGUGGAGUACUCCCUGGACCUGCAGAACAUCAACCUGUCGGCCAUUCGGACGGUGCGGGUCCUUCGGCCACUCAAAGCCAUCAACAGAGUGCCAAGUAUGCGCAUCCUGGUGAACCUGCUGCUGGACACUCUCCCCAUGCUGGGCAACGUGCUGCUGCUCUGCUUCUUCGUCUUCUUCAUCUUCGGCAUCAUCGGCGUCCAGCUGUGGGCGGGGCUGCUGAGGAACCGUUGCUACCCCGAGGAGAACUUCACCCUCUCCUCAGGUAUGACCCUGCCGGCUCCCUACUACCGGCCGGAGGAGGAUGAUGAGCGGCCCUUCAUCUGCUCGCUGGCGUCCGACAACGGGAUCAUGUCAUGCACCGACGUGCCGGCGAGACGUGAAGGAGGACGGACGUGUUGCCUGGACAAGGAGGACGCUCUGCACAGACAGGCUCUGGGUCUGAGUCCUGAACCUCUGAGCAACGGCAGCGGCGCCGGGGAGGCCAUGGGUCUGUGCAUCAACUGGAACCAGUACUACACCCGGUGCCACACUGGGAGCAGCAACCCGCACAAAGGGGCCAUCAACUUUGACAACAUCGUCUACGCCUGGAUCGUAAUAUUUCAGGUGAUCACUCUGGAGGGCUGGGUCGAGAUCAUGUAUUAUGUAAUGGAUGCCCACUCCUUCUACAAUUUCAUCUACUUCAUCUUACUCAUCAUUAUUGGUUCAUUCUUCAUGAUCAACCUGUGCCUCGUGGUUAUCGCCACCCAGUUCUCAGAGACCAAACAGCGAGAACACCAGCUGAUGCAGGAGCAGAGGGCGCAGUGCCUGUCCUCCUCCACGCUGGCCAGCAUGGCCGAGCCAGGAGAUUGCUACGAGGAGAUCUUCCAGCUGGUCUGCCACGUUCUCCGCAAGGCUAAGAGGAGAUCGGCGGCUUUCUACUACACGCUGAGGGGCAAACCCCCGCCGGCUGGUGGAGGCCGGGGCAACAGACGUGGUGGAGGGCAUGUGAAUGGAGAGCGGCAUCACUCCAGGCACCCGAGAUCUUUCCACUGUCCUCACCAAAGCAAACAAGACCACGAAUCUCAGCCGCUCGCCAACUCCAUCAGCCUGUCCGUCCCGCAGAGUCCCGAGGAUUGUCCAAUAUGUGCAUUAACACUGAAGGAGAGGGGAGACUCUGGAAAUGGAGAGGAGAAUGAGGAGGAUGCUGUCAAGGAGACGAGCAAAGAGGAGAACCACUUGGAGGAGAGGGGAGAUGGGGAGAAGAAGCGCAGGAAGUCGUGCUUCGGGCGCUGCAGAGAUCUUUGGAAUGACAUGAGGAGGAAACUCUGGGGUAUCGUGGAGAGCAAAUACUUCAGCAGGGGCAUCAUGAUUGCUAUUCUCAUCAACACCAUCAGCAUGGGCAUCGAGCACCACAACCAGCCUGAGGAGCUGACCAACGUCCUGGAGAUCUGCAACAUAGUCUUCACCAGCAUGUUCACCCUGGAGAUGAUCCUGAAGCUGACUGCUUUUGGCUUCUUUGAGUACCUGAGGAACCCGUACAACAUCUUCGACGGCAUCAUUGUCAUCAUCAGUGUGUGUGAGAUCAUCGGCCAGGCGGAUGGCGGUCUGUCGGUGCUGAGGACCUUCAGGCUGCUGAGGGUCAUAAAGCUGGUGAGGUUCAUGCCUGCUCUGAGGAGGCAGCUGGUGGUGCUGAUGAAGACGAUGGACAACGUGGCCACCUUCUGUAUGCUGCUCAUGCUCUUCAUCUUCAUCUUCAGUAUUCUGGGGAUGCACAUAUUUGGCUGUAAGUUCAGUCUGAAGACCGAAGCGGGAGACACGGUGCCCGACAGGAAGAACUUUGACUCCUUGCUUUGGGCCAUCGUCACCGUCUUUCAGAUUCUGACCCAGGAGGACUGGAACAUGGUGCUGUACAACGGCAUGGCCUCCACCUCUCCCUUCGCUGCUCUCUACUUCGUAGCGCUCAUGACGUUUGGAAACUACGUGCUCUUCAAUCUACUAGUUGCCAUCUUGGUCGAGGGUUUCCAAGCUGAGGGAGAUGCGAACCGCUCGUACUCGGAUGACGACAGGUCUUCCUGUAAUUUUGAUGAGAACGAUAAGCAGAAGGACCCUCUGCACCUCUCAGACCCAAAGAUCUGCACCCUGACCCCUAAUGGACACCUGGACCUGUCCACGCUGCCUGCUGCUCUGUUUCCUGGGGAGAGGUUGACCUUUACUCUGGGCUCCAGGAAGAAUAGCGUUAUUUCCCUCGGCAGGGCCAACCUUGAGCAGAGGGCUGCGUAUCCAGGUCGGGGUUACCACAACUGGGGCCGCCCGAUGCCUCCCCAGCCUCACGCCUUGUGGGCUCGCCGCUCCAGCUGGAACAGCCUGGGAGGCUGCCGGCCCUGCUCCUCCUCAUCUCCGUCCUCCAGCCCGGCCUUCACCCCCACCUCCGCCAGGCCCUUCUACGGCUACGGCCUGGGGGGUCUUGGAGGGGUGGUUGGAGGCAGCCUUCGUAUCCGUGGUCCCCGUGCUUCCUCGUCCCCGCACCGACACCUCCACCACGUCCAGCCAGACGAAGAGGAGUCCCUUCUCUCUCCACCUGCUGUGGCUCCACACUCCCUCCACCUCCCCCAUCCGAUGCUUCCGGGCUGUUUUGUGCCCAGGAGGGACCGCAGAGCUCUGUCGCUGGAGCUGCCCCACCUGCUGCAGGUUCCAGGAGCUCCACACCCACCACCACCACCACCGCCCCACCACCCGCUGCCUCCCAUGACGCUCCACGCUCAGCACAGGAAGAAGAGCUUCUCUGGAGGGGUGGUGAUCAGCGGAGGUGGGGACCUAGUGGGGGUUCACCAGGACUGUAACGGGAAGACUCCGCUGUCGCAGCUUCUCCAGCCCCCUCCCAGAAUUCAGACUGAGCAGACCGAAGGAGCCCAGAGCCACCUGAUGGCCGACGUCUUCCCACAAGUGAACGCCCGCAGCAAAGACCGAGAGGACCUGGAUGAUGACAUCGAAUACAGUUUGUGUUUCCGCAUCCAGAAGAUGUUGGAGGCGUACAGGCCGGACUGGUGUGAGACCAGAGAGGACUGGUCCAUCUUCCUUUUCUCCCCACAGAACAGGUUCAGACAGAUCUGUCAGUCCAUCAUAGCCCAUAAGCUGUUCGACUACGUGGUUUUGGCCUUUAUCUUCUCCAACUGCAUCACAGUGGCUCUGGAGAGGCCCAAGAUACUACAGGGCAGCUUGGAAAGAGUCUUUCUCACCAUAUCCAACUACAUAUUUACUGCCAUCUUUGUGGGCGAGAUGACGCUCAAGGUGGUGUCCAUGGGUCUGUACAUGGGUGAGCAGGCUUAUCUGAGGAGCAGCUGGAACAUCCUGGACGGUUUCCUCGUCUUUGUGUCUCUUGUUGACAUCGUUGUUUCCAUGACGGGAGGAGCCAAGAUCCUGGGCGUGCUCAGAGUCCUCCGGCUGCUCAGGACGCUGCGUCCCCUCAGAGUGAUUAGCAGAGCUCCCGGCCUGAAGCUGGUGGUGGAAACUCUCAUCACUUCCCUCAAACCCAUCGGCAACAUCGUCCUCAUCUGCUGCGCGUUCUUCAUCAUCUUUGGAAUCCUUGGGGUGCAGCUGUUUAAAGGCAAGUUCUUCUACUGCCUGGGACCCGACGUCAAAAACAUCACCAACAAGUCCGACUGCCUGCAGGCCAACUACAAGUGGGUCCACCACAAGUACAACUUUGACAACCUGGGACAGGCUCUGAUGUCCCUGUUUGUCCUCGCCUCCAAGGACGGCUGGGUGAACAUCAUGUACCACGGCCUGGACGCUGUGGGCGUAGACCAGCAGCCGGUGAUCAACAACAACCCGUGGAUGCUGCUGUACUUCAUCUCCUUCCUCCUCAUCGUCAGCUUCUUCGUCCUCAACAUGUUCGUCGGCGUCGUGGUGGAGAACUUCCACAAGUGCCGGCAGCACCAGGAGGUGGAGGAGGCCAAGAGGCGCGAGGAGAAACGUCAGCGGCGCAUGGAGAAGAAGAGGAGGAAGGCUCAGAAGCUGCCGUACUAUUCCAGCUACGGCAACGUGCGCCUGAUGAUCCACACACUGUGCACAAACCACUACCUGGACCUCAUCAUCACCUUCAUCAUCUGCAUCAACGUCAUCACCAUGUCCUUAGAGCACUACAACCAACCUCACUCUCUGGAUCUUGCCCUGAAGUACUGCAACUACUUCUUCACCUCCACUUUCGUGCUGGAAUCAAUCCUCAAACUCAUCGCCUUCGGCUUCCGUCGCUUCUUCAAAGAGAGGUGGAACCAGCUGGACCUGGCCAUCGUGCUCCUGUCGGUGAUGGGCAUCACUCUGGAGGAGAUCGAGAUCAGCGCCGCUCUGCCCAUCAACCCGACCAUCAUCCGGAUCAUGAGAGUGCUGAGGAUAGCCCGAGUGCUGAAGCUGCUGAAGAUGGCAACCGGGAUGAGAGCCCUGCUGGAUACGGUAGUCCAAGCCCUUCCUCAGGUGGGUAACCUGGGCCUGCUCUUCAUGCUACUGUUUUUCAUCUACGCCGCCUUAGGAGUAGAGCUUUUUGGAGAACUUGUUUGUAAUGAAGACUACCCAUGUGAGGGUAUGAGUCGUCACGCAACCUUUGAGAACUUUGGCAUGGCCUUCCUUACCUUGUUCCAAGUCUCCACGGGCGACAACUGGAAUGGCAUCAUGAAGGACACAUUGCGGGAAUGCCCACCAGACCUGAACCAGAACACUGAUGUGGACUAUGCCUGCAAUCCGAGCCUUCAGUUUAUCUCGCCCAUGUACUUUGUCUCCUUCGUGCUCACCGCCCAGUUUGUGCUCAUCAACGUGGUGGUGGCCGUGCUGAUGAAGCACCUGGACGACUCCAACAAGGAGGCCCAAGAGGAGGCGGAGAUGGAUGCAGAAAUUGAGCUGGAGCUGGCCCAGGGCACCCUCUGUUGCAUGGGCGCCCCCGGUUGUGGGGGUGGGGGGGUGGAUAAAGGACUGGUCGUCGCCGGAUCGGGACCUGGGAGCACCGCCGGGGGGAAGGAGAGAGGAGGCGCCCGAGGAGAGAGGGGAGAUGGAUCGAGGAGGAUGAGGCACGCCGUCUCCUCAGCUCAUCAAGGACCGUACGGAUCCAGAGAGUCCAGCCGGAGCAUGUACUCACCAGCACAAGAGAGCCAGUGGUUGGACAGCGUAUCUCUCCUCAUCAAGGAUACGUUGGAGGGGGAGAUGCUGAUGAUCGACAACCUCUCCGGCUCUGUCUUCCACCACUACUCCUCUCCUCCACCCGUCUGCAAAGACUACAAGGGCCCCCCGCAAGAGCAGAUCAGGAUGGCAGAGAUUGAGCAGGCAUCGCUGAAGUCGGAGCAGCUCUCAGACAAGUCGUCGUCCCCCGCCCUGCCGGACGACCUGAGCCUCGACGAACACACGGCCUUCCAGCUGCUGGCACAAGAGAGCGAGGGAAGGUGUCGCUGUGACUCCCGCAGCUCUGAGGAGGACGCUGGUGGAGGAAGUGCUGGCGGCGUCCUCCAGACUCAGACGGUGGUGCAGAGUCAGGUGCAGGGGUUGGGACCGCCGUGCACGGCCCUCAGCGUUGGCACCGAGAUGGAGACGGCCCUGCAGGAGAUGGAGCUGCAAACACACCAGCCUCACUACAGCCCUGGUGGCGUUUCCAGCAGCAGCAGCAGCAAGGAAAGAAACAGAGAAGGAGGAGGAGGAGCCGGUGGUAUUUCUCCUCUCUUCCAUGUGCCUGCAGAGUUCUUCCAGCCUGCCGGAGCCUCCAUCCCGGUUCCUCCCCGCAGUCGGAGCCUUCGGCUGUCCAGGGGCCUCAGGCUGACCUCCCCGGCCUCCUGGGCCUCGUUCCGCUCUCCUGGAGCCCAUAGAAAGAUGUUCUGUACGCAGUAUACGUCCCACAGUGACUCAUCCCUCGCUACAGGGAGCUCUGAAGGCAGUCUUCAGACCACGCUGGAGGAAGGACUGAGCUUCAGCGUCUCCCCACCACAGAACCCGGAGCUGCCUUUGCCGACGGCUCCGUUGCCCCUCAUGUGCCCCGUCCCGCUGCCUGAAGACAGCACCACCAUCUCCUCUCCGGUCCAGACCCUGAGGCCGAGGCCGAGCUCGUCGUCGGCUCUGACCCUUCAGGCCACCAGGGGGCACCAGCGGAGCCAGAGCAGCGGGCGAGGCAGCACCAGCCCAGGCUACACCCGGGACGACUCCAUCGACCCCUCAGACGAGGACCUGGGCAUCGGCAUCGGAUCGUCCAUCGGUGGUUGUGGCUCCAGCCAAGCGGGGAACAGCGAACACUUGUCGGAGGCGCUGAGCAGCCUGUCGCUGACGUCGCUGCUGUCACCCAGCUCCCUGGUCUACCCGGGAGGAGCAGUUAAGAAAUGCAACAGCACAGGCAGCCUGGACCCAGGGGGGAUGCUGAUGUCUUCCCGGGGCAGGGAGGGUCGCAGGGAGAUUCUGGGCCUGGAGCUCAUGGAUCCCCAGGGCUUCCUGGCCAACCCCUGGACGGGGGUAUUAGUUGAUAUGAGACGAGGAGAAGGAAGAGGGGCGAUAGGAGAUGGAGAGCAUGGGCUGAAAGCGAAAAGCUCAAGCCAAACUACAGUAGGGCCUUGUCGAAAAAACAGAUGAAACCUGCUGUUUUCUUUUUCUUUGUCACUCCAUUCCUUGGAUCUAAACCCAUUGCUGCCCCUCUCGCUCUCUCUGCUUCAUCAGUGAGAGAGAGGUCUGAUGACACAUGAUGUCCUGUAUUCCAAAACCUCAUCUAACCCCCUCAGUCCCUUUCUUUACAUUUGUGACAAGCCCAUGUCCUAUUUUGUGCUACGCAGGGGAGUGGUCUUGGUUCUGGUUGGUGAGGAGGCCUGCAGAGUCGGGCUGAAGACGGGCCCGUCUAAUCUCUGGAGGGUUCUGAACGCAGCGGAAAACCAGGAGGCCUGUUCAUGUCAGGGAGUCAACAGGAGCAGAAACAAAAGAGCGUAAAGACCCAACAGGAAGUCUUGAUGAUGCUCUGCUGUAGUUUCCUUUUCUCUGUUACGGUUCGGGUUCACUGAGGUUGAAAAAUACAAGAACCCAAACCCGAAAUAGCUCCAUGCUAACAGGGGCAGUUUGGAUUUGUUUGUCUCAGAGGCAGUGCAGUGGGCGGAGGAUGGGCCAUGGCGGAAUAUUUCAAGGCGGAAGGAAGACUGGGAAAGGAGAGGGCAGGUCAUUUGUUUGGCUGGAAAAGCAGAAAGCGGAUCUAAUGUCCAUCUGUUCUGGCAGACGGAAACAACAGGUCUUACUCACUCUGGCACUGGACCUUCUGCUGAGAUCAGAGUGAAAUGUGAGGUGGAGGAGAGUUCAGGAAUGUGUGCUGGUGGUGUGUGUUUGAGAGCACUGCCUCAGGUGUCCAAGGCAUGAAUUAAAUCAUUCUCAUCGCUGCACCACACCUCUGUGUUUCUGAAACAGGAGAACGGCAUUGACUGAGUCAGGCUCGGCACGUCUGUCAACUCGGCCGUCUGUGGCGGCAGAAAAUGAAAAGAAAUGAAGCGACUGCAGAGGUAUAACUGUGCAUGGACUGAUUUGUGAAAUUGGUUAUUUUUCUUUCUAUCUCCAGCGUUUCUCGCUCACUCAUGAACACGAAGAAAAUGAGUAUGAAAGGGAGCUAAGUAGGACGGAGCUUUACAAACGCCAUCAGAAGAAACGGGAAUGUGUGCACGGGGCAGCUUUCAGUGCACCCAAACACUUCACCGUGAUUCAUGAAGCGAAACUUCAAGCACACUCCUUUUGAGACCACUUUCUCUCACCGUGUUUAAGGUUUUAAAAUGAAUGGACUCAACCACAAGUGUUGCAAGGGACCUCGACUGCAUGAUGGGAUUGCAUUUAAUCAAGAUUUUUAUCUCUAUACAGAAGUGUAUCAAGAUGUCAAUGUUGGGUGAUGACCAUGUGAUUUCUAUUCCACUAUUUUUGUAGAAAAGAGAAUAGGCACGUGCAAGUGUUGCCGUUAGUCUGUCCUUAUUUCAUUUAACCCAUGCAGUGUCUUUGACUUGUUGUCUAGGACUUUUUGUCUGCCAGUGGCUUCCAGUUUUAUAACAUUUUCUAAGGUGUGGACAGUGUAUAAAACAACGAAGCAAAAAAUUUCAAACAAAAUCUGUGCGCUGAAGUGAUUGUUCCCUCCAGCACAUUUCUCUUUGGGAACACUGGUUCCUCUUGGAUUUUCUUUCCAGAUGUUGGAGCCUCAGAGGACAACCAGAGAUGGGAACAGCCAUAUCCACUCACCACACGGGACUGUCUCGCUUCCUGCACACAGGGAACUUUGUUUGCUUUUAGCCUCCUAUGCUAAAAACCACAAACAGCAUAAACCAUCUCUACGAAAGCUUUAAUUUGAGAGUUACACCACAACAUAUCGAUUCUGGGCACAUUAGUGCUCCUUAAGCAUGGUUUUGGGGAUUGCAAUAGAGUAUGCUUUUUCUUGACCCCUGAUGCACUCAUCUUCUCUUCCCCAUCUCUUCACACGUAUAGUUGUAGCAACCCUUUCACACAGCAUAGUUUGAUAUCGAAGCUGACACUGUAACGAACAAAGCUUUGCAUCUUUUAAUGCAAACUGAUUUUGACUUCCGUCCUUCGCUUACGUGCUCCAUCCAAAAGGGAGACGCUCAUCUUUAAGCCUGAUUUCUAGAGGUAGACUGUUGUAUCCCCAGUGUUCUCAUCAUUACCUUACUUUUGAAUUUCUCAAAAAAGAAUGAGGUGAUGUGAGAAAAUCCGAGGGUUUGACCUUUUUUAUCAUGCAAAAUCACUUUGAUGACUAUGUUUUAUCACACGGUGUUGGGUACUAAUGAGUGCGACGGUGUGCGUGUGCGUGUGCGUGUGCGCGUGUGCGUGUGCGUGUGCGUGUGCGUGUGUGCGUGUGCGUGUGCGUGUGCGUGCGCGCGUGUGCGUGCGUGUGCGUGUGCAUGUGUGUUUAUGACUUCAGGUGAAGUGAUUUGCCUUUUCCUGAAGUGUCCUGUUUGUCAGUGAGGAUACCUGAGGUUAAAGGUUGAAGAGGGAAGACACAAAGCAACCAAGGGCUGUUUUAGCUUCAAAGAUAUAUCCUUCUAUCUUUCUGAGACAAAUCCUUGUGUCAAUGAACAUGGCAUCAAAGGUUAAAGCCUGACUUACACAGCAAUAAAUGUUCCAUGUGUAUGCCCUGCGUAAAAGAUGUCAAUGUGAUUUUUAUCUCCUCAGAACACAACAGUAUUCAUACUGUCUGUUUGUUGCUUCUACUUGUCUGAACUUACAACCAAUCAGAUAGCACCUCUGCCCUCUCAGAGACCAGUCAGCUACAGAGAUGGGCUCCAAUUGGACAACAUGAACAAAUGAGGUUAUUGAACUCAGGUCGGGGGGUAAAAACCACUAGUAAAACAUUUUAAAGAUAGCUGUAAAGUUGUGCUCAGGCAGAAUACGAAGCAAAUUUUUCACCUUGCUUUAUUCGCACAAAUGUGACUGCUGGAGUAUUUUUCUGUACACGACAACCAGCUAAAGCAGCAGGCGUUGGCUGGGACGAUGAGCAGUGUGCCUUCCUACAGGAUGUGUGUACUACAGACCGACUUCAAAAACUCACCAGUUGUUUCUGUCAUUUGCUCUGCAGACUUUUUUCUCCCGUCUCAUGUGUAUUCAUGAGUACAACUGCUCGGCAGAAGCACACAUUCUUUGCUGAAGUUUCAGCGGCUCUUGCGUUGUUGCUUCGAUUCAUGCUGCCUUGAUCAAACCCGUCUCCACCUGUGCACUGCAUCACUAUGCAGUCCUGCUGCAACUAAAAUUUGCUUCGCCUUCAGUCUGAACACACCUUAAGAGUGUACAAUUCACAUUUGUACAUAUCUUUGUAUUUUGAUCUGCAUGUGUGCAUUGCUGCCAGUGACCAUGAAUAUAUAAUUAGUAUGCAUUUCAUAAACUUGUACAGUUCAAGGGAAUGCCCCAUUGUUUUUGACUGCUGCUAUGAAACCACUAAAAAUCCA